GUGUUUAGUUGUAGUUUAUGUGUAGUGUAGUGUUUAGUUGUAGUUUAUGUGUAGUGUAUAGUGUAGUUUAUGUGUGUAGUGUAGUGUUUAGUUGUAGUUUAUGUGUAGUGUAUAGUGUAGUUUAUGUGUGUAGUGUAGUGUUUAGUUGUAGUUUAUGUGUAGUGUAUAGUGUAGUUUAUGUGUGUAGUGUAGUGUUUAGUUGUAGUUUAUGUGUAGUGUAGUGUAUAGUGUAGUUUAUGCGUGUAGUGUGUAGUGGUGUGUAGUGUAUAGUGUAGUUUAUGUGUGUAGUGUAGUGUAUAGUUGUAGUUUAUGUGUAGUGUAGUGUAUAGUGUAGUUUAUGUGUGUAGUGUAGUGUGUAGUGGUGUGUAGUGUAUAGUGUAGUUUAUGUGUGUAGUGUAGUGUGUAGUGGUGUGUAGUGUAUAGUGUAGUUUAUGUGUGUAGUGUAUUGUAGUGUGUAGUGGUGUGUAGUAUAUAGUGUAUAGUAUAGUGUAUAGUGUAGUGUACAAGUACAGCACCACACCGGCGUGUUGGAGAGCCAAGCCGCAACAUUUACAAUCUGAGUUCGACGUUUCGCCAGUAAUUACCACCAGCUUCAUCAGGCGACAGCCGCAUGAUGGAUCGAUGUUGUAAACGGUGCGCGAGGCCGUACAUCAAACACGCCGAGCCGCAACAUUAGUGAGUGGUGGACAUUCCACAUUCCCAUGACCGGACCAAGGACAUCCAUUCUGUUAAACCGCCCAAUGUUGGCUUCUAGACAAAGCCUCUCUCGUGCGCUUGCACGGCCUCAACGUUAGUGAGUGGUGGACAUUCCACAUUCCCAUGACCGGACCAAGGACAUCCAUUCCGUUCGACCGCUAAAUGUUGGCUUCUCGACAAAGCCUCUCUCGUGCCCUUGCACGGCCUCAACUUGAGUCGGUGGUGGACAUUCCACAUUCCCAUGACCGGACCAAGGACAUCCAUUCCGUUCGACCGCCCAAAUGUCGACAUCUCGGCACGGCGCAGCCGCGAACUGAACUCGGAGACCAUGGCCAGAGUCGCAGCCAACGGCCGGAGAGACGCACGGCAGCAGCCGGCCAGCGCACGCCGGGACCACCGCAAGGGCGGCCACACCCACGAUCGCAAGCAAAGGAACGCCGCGGUCCACUCCUCCAAGGCGAGCAGAAAAGAGCACAAGCGUACAGCCGUGCCUCCACGAUCUCCACCUCCCCCGUCCCCACCUCCCCCCCCUGCCGCUUCAGCGGCGGCCAAGCCGUGCUCCACGCAGCCUGCGGUGCGGCGCUCCAGCCGGCAGCGCCGGGUCAAGCUGAAGUUGGACCCCAGUGAGGAGUGUGUGAGGAGGAAGCCGGUGAUAGUGAGGAACGUGCAGCAGCAGAAGGGGCAGGUGUUGGUGGAGAAGGAGGAGGAGGAGGAGGAGCAGCAGCAGGAGAAGGAGGUGGUGGAGAAGGAGGAGGUGGAGGUGGAGGUGGAUGUGGAGGAGGAGGUGGAGAAGAAUCAGCAGGAGGAGCAGGAGGUGAUGGCGCCCGUGGAGGAGGUGAAGUUCUCCACGGACGUCAAACGCGUCCUCAAGCCGCACGUCUGCCUGGAGUGUGGCAAGGAGUUCCGCCAGUCCACCGACCUGUUCCGCCACCAGACGCUGCACACGGGCGAGCGGCCCCUCAAGUGCGGCGCGUGCGGCAAGAGCUUCGCGCUGCAGGCCGACCUCAACCGUCACGCCAUCAUCCACACGGAGCAGCGGCCCUACGCCUGCCAGGAGUGCGGCAAGGCGUUCCGUUGGUCCCAGAACCUGGUGCACCAUCGGCGCUCGCACAGCGACGUGCGCGAGUUCCAGUGCGAGGGCUGCGGCAAGGGCUUCAAGCACCGGCGCACCCUCGUGGAGCACCAGCGGGCGUACUGCGCACACGGCGCCGGCCACAACGGCGACGGCGCUGUGACGCAGGCGGUGAAGCAGGAGCGGCUCGACGGGGGGGAGGCCGGCGUCGAGGUCAAGAUGGAAGACCCCACGAAGACGCUCGGCCUCGAAGGGCCGCGCGGCGACGAGCCGCCCCCCCUCCCGCCGUCGUCGUCGUCGUCGCCCCCCUCCUCCUCUCCGCCGUCGUCGCACGUCCCGCCCCCCGCCGGCGCCGCCGCCGCCGGCGCCGCCGCGAAGGCUCCGCGCCGCGGCCAGGCCAAGCGCUACGCCUGCCCGCAGUGCGGCAAGGCCUUCCGCCAGUCCACCCACCUGCUGCGGCACCGCUCGCUGCACACGGGCGAGCGCCCGCUGCGCUGCGGCGAGUGCGGCAAGGGCUUCGCGCUGCCCGCCGACCUGCGGCGCCACGCCGUGGUGCACGCCCCCCAGCGGCCCAGCUACGCCUGCGACCUCUGCUCCAAGACCUUCCGCUGGCCCCACGGCAUCGCCAAGCACCGCCAGACGGCGCACGCGGCCCGCGGCUCGGAGCCCUUCGGCUGCGGCACGUGCGGCAAGGGCUUCCGCUCCAAGGCCUACCUGAGCACCCACCAGACGGUGCACCGCGGCGAGAGGCCCUUCGGCUGCGACGGCUGCGGCAAGAGCUUCGGCUGGAUGGCGAGCCUCCGGGCGCACGUGAACCACGUGCACCUGGGCCUGAGGCCCUUCCAGUGCGAGGAGUGCGGCAAGACCUACAAGUCCAAGCACGGGCUCCUGGAGCACCGCCAGCGGAGGCACGCCGGCGGCCUGCGGCCCCACCCCUGCGGCGCCUGCGGGAAGGCCUUCGCGACGGCCGCGGCCGUCAGCAUCCACCGCAAGACGCACGCGGCGGAGCGCGAGCGGCGGCACGUGUGCGGCACGUGCGGCGCCGGCUUCUUCCAGGCGGGCACGCUCGCCAACCACGUGCGCACGCACACCGGCGAGCGGCCGUUCGCGUGCGAGAUGUGCGGCGUCGCCUUCACGCGCUCGGACCACCUGCGCAAGCACGUGCACACGCACCUGGCGGGUGGCGGCGGCGGCGCCGGUGGCGGCGGCGGCGGGCGCAGGGUGCUGCUGGGCGAGGAUGCCGUCGCGAGCGGCGGCGGCGGAGGUAACGCCGGGGGCGGAUGCCACGUGGGUGGCGGCGGUGGCGGCAAUGCCGGCGGCAACAUCGGUCACAUCGGUGGUGGCAACAUCGUCGGUGGCAACAUCGUCGGUGGCAACAUUGGCCACAUCGGCGGUAGCCACAUCGGCGGCGGCAACAUCGGCCACAUUGGCGGCGGCAACAUUGUUGCCGGCAACAUGGGCCACAUAGGCGGCGGCCACAUCGGCGGCAACAUCGGCCACAUCAGCAGCGGUGGCGGCAACAUCGGCCACAUCGGUAGUAGCCACAUCGGUAGUAGCCACAUCGGCGGCGGUGGCGGCAACAUUAUCGGUGGCGGCAACAUUAUCGGCGGCAACAUCGGCCACAUCGGCGGUAGCCACAUCGGCGGCGGCAACAUCGGCCACGGCCACAGCCACGGCAUGAGCAGCGGCAACAUCGUCGGCAGCGGCGGCGGCGGCAUCGGCAGCAGGAAGCUGCUGUGGUCGGGCGGCGCCGACGGUGGCGGCGGCGGCGGCGGAGUCCUGGCCUAUGGCGGCGUGAAGGUGGCCGGAGGUGGCGGCGGCGUGGGCGGUUACGGCAUCGGCGGGGGCAUCGGCGGCAUCGGCGGCGUGGGCGGCGAGGGGCUACCGCUGUGGGUGACUGCGCCCGGCAUGCAGCCGUACCCGGGCCGCGCCGUCAGCGUGCUUACGGCGCCGGCGGCGCCGGCGACCGCCAUGGACGUCAAACUCUCGACCGUCCUCUUCCAGGAGGGGCUGGCGGCGGUCGCGGCUGGAGUGAACGUGUUCAACUGA